UGCCAACGGCUGACACGCUUUUGCGGCAUGUUGACUGGCAUGAAAUUGUUCUCAUUGGUCGACCUAGUUCUUGCAGUAAUAUUACUGCCAAGUGUCACAUCUCACUUCUUCCUUGGCGGCACUAUGUCAUUUGAACCAGUGGAUUUUGAGCCUGGAGAUGAAUUUAUUCUUUCUGACAUACUGUGGAAGUUUCGCUUUAGGGCUGCCUGGAACAGAAGUGAUGAAUACAACUUUUGCAAUCAGUCUAUAAUAAGCAGUCAAGUUUUGUUGGGUGACAGUCACCCAGAGAAUGCCUUUUACUGUGAGGAUUGUGAAUAUGACUCCGAACUAGCGCUGGGAACUGCUCAGUACAUUUGCAGCAGUUAUAGCAAGGAGGAGGACUGGUCAGCAGGUGAAAAUGUCUUUUAUGUUAAUUUCUCAUCUUCUAAUCCUGUAAUAUAUCAUUACGAUUGCUGUUGGAUUUCUGGGUUGCUUACUUACGAUGAAGAUUAUGGUCUACUAUAUGAUCGUUACUACGCUCUUUUGGCUACAUUUGCCUCAAUGAGUGCUUUUAGGCCAGACACUGGAACAGUUAAUGCAUCUCCAGUUUCUGCAGUUAUUCCACUGAUGAGGCUGAGAACCGGCUGUGAGUACUCAAUUCGAAUACACAUUGAAGAUCCAGAUGGAGAUCUCACACGAUGCCGACUGGCAGAAGAGUCAGAGUGUGAAGAUGGUUGUGUGGGAAAAUAUGGGUUGAACUUUACAUUGCUACAACAGUCUCCUUGUGUUAUAAACUUCCAGCCAUUGGAAGCUAUUCAAGGACUACAUCCUGUCAGUCUCAUGAUAGGAGACUUUGGAAGUGACGAUCAGUUAUUGUCAUAUGUGUCUCUUGCAUUUGUUGUUGAUGUUGUUCAUGGAGUUGGCAGUCACUGCACAGCAUAUGUGGCAUUUGAGAAGUCAACGGUAGCAGAUGGAACUUGCAUUGGUAUUGAACCAAAUGCAACAUUUGAGACUACCAUAUAUGUCAAAGAAGAGCCCUGCAGCUCGGUUAUUGAUAUUGUUCUGAGUGCUCCAGUUGGUGUAAACAGGUCAGAUAUCAUUGGACAAUCUCCUCACAAAGAAAUGACAAUUAUGUGGAAGCCAGAGCCUUAUCAAUAUGGAUACAAUCUCCUUUGCUUUCAGGCAUCAGAUGAUUAUGCAAUGUAUACUGAGCAACGUUGCAUUACUCUAGUAGCAGGAGCUGCUGCAUUUGAAACUGUUCCACAAUCAGCAUCAUUUAAUGGUUCAGAUGCAGUUCCAUUGAGCACUGCUUCAUUUACAAUUGAAUUUGAUAAUGAUGUGUUUCUUCCGUCUGUGUCUCGAAACAUAACAAUGUCUAAGACACAUCUGUCUGAUGUUCUACUUGACAGUCUCGAAGUUCUAGUUGCAUUUGACACUUCAGUGUCUGAACUAGUCAAUACAACAGGCAGGGUCUUGACGUUUGUUCUACCCGUUGGAAUUCAAUUGGAACAGUCAACAUAUUAUUCAAUAGAAAUUGGAUUUGGAGCUGUUGUUAGCAAACGACCUUGUUCUGGUGGUGGUGUUCCUUUUCCUGGGCUAGAUAACUGGAAAUUCAAAACUAGUAUUUAAUCUAUUGUUUUUCCCACGCAAAUGAGCUGUUAAUUGCUUUUACUUUACUUCUGACUGAUUACACAAAGUAAAUUUAAUAUUGUAAUCCACUGUCUGUAGACUUCUGCCUUCGUCGCAGUUGCACAAUUUGAAUAGAAUAUAUUAGAGCUUCA